AGUGAAUCGAAAUUUAGUUACCUGAUUAGUUUGAAACCGGCCUUACUCUCGAAUCUCAACAUGUCCCCGUCUGUAUUUGAAGUCACCAAAUUGACACCUCAUUAUUGGCGCGCAACAAUUAACCAGCCGCCUUUCAAUCUGGCGGGGUCCAACUUCUUUGUGGGCCUCUGGAAUCCCCUACAGGAGGCUGAAGCUGAAUCCGAUCUUAAGAUCCUGGUUUUCGAUAGCGCAAUACCAGACUUCUUUAUCUCUCACUAUAAUCUUCAGCAGGCUUCAUCAAUUUCGCCUGAGCUGUUAGCGAAAUGGCCAUUGAUAAUGCUAAAGCUUGCUACUAUCUCGGUGAUAACCGUUGCCGCGAUCCGUGGUAGAGCGAGAGGUAUUGGUUCAGAAUUUGUAUUGGCCUGUGAUAUUCGGUUUGGCCGCAAUGAGAAGGCCAUAUUGUCCCGGGCCGAGGUUAAUUUUGGGCUCAUUCCCGGAGGUGAUGGUAUUGAAUUGCUCCCAAAGCACCUGUCGCGCAGUCGGAUGCUUGGGAUUAUUUCUGUGCCAGAUGCUGAUUUGGAUGGUUUCGUCAGCCAAUUUGUGCACCGCGUAGCUGGGUUGCACAAGCCAGCGCUGGCAUCAGCGAAGGAGCUCACCAACCAACGCUUUGGCCUUCCCAAAAAGAGGAUUUUAAUGCAUUCUACAAUACUAUGGCGCGGCUUUUAUCUAAUUCUGAAGUGCUAA